GGGCCGUGAGAGGACCAGGCAGGGCAGGGCAGCUCUAAGCAGGGCUGAGUGCCGUGAGAGGACCAGGCAGGGCAGGGUAGCUCUGAGCAGGGCUGAGGGCCGUGAGAGGACCAGGCAGGGCUGAGGGCCGUGAGAGGACCAGGCAGGGCAGGGUAGCUCUGAGGGCGUGAGGGGGCCGGGCAGGGCUGAGGGCGUGAGGCGCCGGGCGCGGCUCCUGUGCCUUUGUGGCGCUGUCCCCGCCGCCCUGUUUGUCGCGCCGUGUCGCAGCGUGGUGGCACAGCAGCUCAUCCCGCUGCUCUCAGCCAGACAAGGCUCCAUCCUGUGGGCUCUGCCGCCGCCUCCCUCCCGCGAUCCGGCUGCUCUGGGGUCACUGCUGCCAACUGUCAUCAGUCUUUAAUGAAUUAAGAGUUCUCUAAGAUUAGACACAAGGGGUUUUUUUCUCCUCUAGACUUACGAUGUGUGGAGGCUGGCUGUGAGUGCAGAGCGCUGUGGGAAUUCCCGGUGUGGGCUCCAGGCAUCAGAGGAAACAGAACACAGUAUUUGUUAUUUUGGCUGAAGUGCUCAGCUUCAAGACUUCGCUUUGUUCCUCACAACUUGGAGGGAUAUGAAGCCAAUUGGAAAAGUGCUUUGUGCUACAGGAGUUGUAGCUGGGCUCAUAGCUUUCUUUUGGAAAGACGACUUUAACCCAGAGAGCCUGUCUGGUGCCCGUGUUCUUGUGACUGGAGCCAGUGCUGGGAUUGGAGAGCAGAUAGCUUAUCACUAUGCCAAGUUUGGUGCUGAAAUUGUGUUGACUGCCAGAAGGGAAGCUGUGCUGCAGAAGGUGAUGGAGAAAUGCCUGACACUCGGAGCAAAGAAAGUAUUUUAUGUCCCUGCAGAUAUGUCUUCCCCUUCAGAGCCUGAAAAGGUGAUUCAGUUUGCUGUCCAAAAGCUGGGGGGCCUGGAUUACCUCGUGUUGAAUCACAUCGGCACCAACCGUUUCCAGGAGUGGACCGGAGAUGUGGAAUACACCCGCUGGCUCAUGCAGGUGAAUUUUUUGAGUUAUGUGGCUCUUGCAACAGCAGCUCUUCCCACCCUGGAGAAGAACAGAGGCGCUCUGGUGGUUGUUUCUUCCCUCACAGGGAAAAUGCCCACUCCCUUCACCACUUCUUACUCUGCCACCAAGUUUGCACUGGAUGGAUUCUUUGGCUCACUGCGCCACGAGCUCAUCAUGCAGAAGAGAAAUGUGUCUGUCACCCUGUGCAUCCUGGGCCUGAUCGAUACUGCUUCAGCACUGGAGUACACCAGGGGCAAAGUGCACCUCGGUGCCUCCCCUGCUCCCGAGGCCGCGCUCGCCAUCGUCCGGGGCGGAGCCGCUCGCGAGCACGAGGUUUUCUACCCGCGGUGGCUGCAGCAGCUCUGCUGCCUCUGGGCUCUGUUCCCCCGCAGCGGGAGCCAGGUGCUACGGACUUUCUAUAACUACAGCAGCCCCUAAGGGGUGCCGAGUUUCAUCCUGUAUCCCUCCCAAUCACAUUCCUGCCAUCCCACUAAGCAUCCCACUCAACCACUGGCGUCAAGCAGGAGCAGGGCAGCUGUGGUGGCAAAGUUCCAUGUUCCUAACGUGACUCGGUGCCUCUCAUCCUUUACGUGCUACCCAACAGUCAGAGGCCUUUCCCACUGUUCACUCUGCCUUAGCCCUCCCAUCUCCCCUCCUUCAGCCUCACCUGACUGCCCUGAGUGCAUCCAGCCUUUUCUCAGCCCCAGCUUUAACCCCUGUCUGUCUGCACAGGAUGUCCUGGAAUUGUCUGUACCUUCCUGGGACAUCCUCCUCGGCUACUUCAUUUCAGAUUCCACAAACCCUCCUGCUUCCUCUGAGUAGAAUUUUAAUCUCUAUUUUAAUUAAACAAGUUUUUAAUGUGUUGGUAUUAUGUGUUGAUGCUUCCUCUGUGAAGAAAUACUGGUUCCCCGGAUUCUGUGGGCCAAGGCCUGUUCGCUGACCCCACGUGACCUGUUAAAUUAGCCCAGGGCUUUGGCCAUGUCUCCAAGUGUAAGCAUUACCUAAAAG